UCUUGAGUUUUGUUUAGUUAAACUGGUUGUUUAUAUCCUUGACCAUUUCUCCUUCUCCUUCUGCGGUGCAGACUUUGUUGUUUUUUCAUUUUAUUUUUCCAGCAUAGUCGCUCCAUAUCUCAUGGGUCUUUCUGAAUUGUCUGGUUUCUAAGGUGCAGUGUUUCAAACUUGUUUUGUCAGAUAACAUUUUGUAUUGUCUCUUGAACUUUUCUCCCGUUUCUUCUUUUAUCGGUUUUGGUAUUGUUUACUGUGUUUUAUACAACUUUCUUCUUUUCUAUUGACCUCAUAUAUCGUCUUAUGCAGUAAAUUAAUCCGUUGGGGGACUUGCAAGGAUCCUUCCCUCAUUUUAUUUUUUUUGGCUUCUUGUUAUGGUUUUGUCAUCCAAAUGGUGCUUUUUAAGACUUGAAGCGAUACUAGUUCUGCUCAGUUGCAUCUCAACUUACUUGCAAAAAACUUGAGAGUUUUGAAAUCGAUAUCGAUAUACUAGCUUCCUUCACUCCCUUUAUUAGUGUGGUAAUUUGAAGGAAUUUUAAUUGUUGGUGGGAAAAGUUGUACAUACUAAUGACAGAGAAAGAAUCAAGAAAGCUAUCAGAUGAAUAUGAAGUUGCUGAUGUUCUUGGUAAAGGUGGAUUCUCAGUUGUGAGAAGGGGGUUAAGCAAAUGCCCAUCAGCUGGAGAGAGAUCUCAUGUAGCCAUAAAAACACUACAGAGGUUUGGGUCAACUCCUCCAGGGCUGCCUAGAAAUCGAGCUGGUGAGAAGGGUUUAACUUCACUAGGAUUUCCAAUGUGGAAGCAAGUGUCAAUUUCAGAUGCGCUGUUAACAAAUGAGAUUCUUGUCAUGAGGAAGAUAGUUGAAGAUGUUUCUCCUCACCCAAAUGUGAUUCAUCUUCACGAUGUUUAUGAGGACUCAAAUGGUGUUCACCUUGUGUUAGAACUCUGUUCAGGGGGAGAACUUUUUGAUAGGAUAGUGGCUCAGGAUAAGUACAAUGAGGUUGAUGCUGCAGCUGUGGUUCGCCAAAUAGCAGAGGGAUUGGCAGCUCUUCAUAAGGCUAAUAUUGUGCACCGCGAUUUAAAGCCUGAAAACUGUCUCUUUCAGAGCACAAGUGAGGAUUCACCUCUGAAGAUCAUGGAUUUUGGGUUGAGUUCUGUGGAGGAGUUUACUGACCCUAUUGUUGGACUGUUUGGUUCAAUUGAUUAUGUGUCGCCAGAGGCUUUAUCUCAAGGCAAAAUAUCAGCAGCAAGUGAUAUGUGGUCUUUGGGAGUUAUCUUAUAUAUCCUUCUCUCAGGGUACCCUCCUUUCCAUGCAACUUCGAAUAGGCACAAGCAACAAAUCAUUUUGGCUGGUGAUUUCAGCUUUGACGAUCACAGCUGGAAGACCAUUUCUUCGUCAGCAAAGCAACUAAUUUCCAGUCUCCUAACUGUCGACCCGCAUAGGAGACCUACGGCUCAACAGAUUCUGCAACAUCCUUGGGUCACAGGGGAUUCAGCAAAACAGGAUCUCAUGGAUGCUGAGGUUGUUUCUCGUCUACACAGUUUUAAUGCUCGCCGUAAAUUCCGUGCUGCUGCUAUAGCUAGUGUCGUGAGUAGCACAUUUUUCUUGAGAACAAAGAAGUUAAAGAAUCUGUUAGGGUCUCAUGACCUUACGCCCGAGGAAAUUGGGAAGCUGAUGACGCAUUUCAAGAAAAUAUGCGCGAAGGGUGACAAUGCAACUACAUCCGAGUUCGAGGAAGUUCUGAAAGCAAUGGGUAUGAGCUCAUUGGUCCCUCUUGCUCCUCGCAUCUUUGAUUUAUUCGACCACAACCGGGAUGGGACUGUCGAUAUGCGAGAAAUAGUCUGCGGGUUCCAGAGCCUCAGAAGUUCACAAGGAGAUGAGGCUCUUCAUCUCUGUUUCCAGAUGUACGAUACAGACAAGUCGGGAUGCAUUUCCAAGGAAGAAGUGGCUUCAAUGCUUAGGGCUUUGCCAGAGGACUGUCUACCUUAUGACAUUACAGAACCUGGAAAGCUUGAUGAAAUUUUCGAGCGAAUGGAUGCUAACAGUGACGGAAAGGUAACACUUGAUGAGUUCAAAGCCGCCAUGCAGAGAGAUAGUUCACUACAAGAUGUGGUCCUUUCUUCUCUUCGUCCACUCUGAUUCUUCCCUAGUCGUAUGUUUCUCUGGUCAUAUUUGAAUCUCAGUGUUAUCUUGUUACAAGCCAUCUAUGAUUGUCGAAUUAGUCCUGGCUGAAAUCGUUGGAAUUAGUUGUUUCCUCUUUAAUUGAAUAAGUAGUUCUAUCAAA